AUGACCAUAAAGUAUAAUUUAGAAGACCCUUAUGCAUAUAACUUUGUAUCAGAAGAAAUAACCCAGGAAGAUCAGUGGACAGUGAUAUCAUCUUUUUUUGACGAAAAAGGGCUUGUGUCAACUCAAAUAGAUUCUUUUGAUGAGUUUAUCCAGAAUACUAUGCAGGAACUUGUCGACGAAGAUGCAACUCUUACAUUAGAUCAACAUGCACAACAUACAGGAAUUGAAGGAGAUGUAACUCGUAGAUAUGAAAUUAAUUUUGGGCAAAUAUUUCUUUCAAAACCAAGCAUGACUGAAGCAGAUGGAUCUACUCAACUGAUGUUUCCUCAAGAAGCAAGACUGCGCAACCUUACAUAUUCAUCUCCAUUAUAUGUUGAUAUAAAAAAAAAGGUCAUGAUAGCAACAGAUCCAAGUGCACCAUUUGGUUCUGAUAAAGAAUGGAUAAUAGAGGAAGACGAGCAACCAUCAAAAGUAUUUAUAGGGAAAAUACCGAUAAUGUUAAGAUCAACAUUCUGCAUUUUAAAUGGUCUACCAGAAUCUGAGCUUUAUGAAUUAAACGAAUGUCCGUAUGAUCAGGGUGGAUAUUUUAUUAUAAAUGGUUCAGAAAAAGUUAUUAUUGCUCAAGAACGAAGUGCAGCAAAUACAGUACAAGUUUUUAAAAAACCAGCACCAUCUGCUGUCAGUUAUGUGGCCGAAAUACGUAGUGCGGUUGAAAAAAGUUCAAAACUUAUGAGUAAUUUUCAAAUAAAACUUAUGUCAAAGAGCAUAGAAAAAGGAGCAGGACAGACUAUUAGAGCAUGUCUUCCUUACAUUAGGAAUGAUAUACCAAUUGUAAUUGUAUUUCGAGCAUUAGGAGUAGUACCUGAUAGAGACAUUAUGGAACAUAUUUGUUAUGAUCCAAAUGAUCAUCAGAUGCUAGAAAUGUUAAAACCAUGUAUUGAAGAAGCAUUCGUUAUCCAAGAAAGAGAAGUAGCUCUGGAUUUUAUUGGAAAAAGAGGGAGUGCUGUUGGAAUAAAUCGCGAGAAACGUCUUCGUUAUGCUCAGGAUAUUUUGCAAAAAGAAUUAUUGCCACAUAUAACUACUACAGAGGGUUAUGAAACGAGAAAAGCUUUUUUUUUAGGAUAUAUGAUUCAUCGUCUUUUAUUAUGUGCUCUUGAACGCCGGGACCCUGACGAUAGGGAUCAUUUUGGAAAAAAGAGACUUGAUCUUGCCGGCCCACUUUUGGCAAAUCUUUUUAGAAUGCUUUUUAAAAAAUUAACAAAAGAUGUAUAUAAAUAUAUGCAAAAAUGUGUUGAAACAAAUAGAGAAUUUAACUUAACUCUUGCUGUAAAAUCAAAUACAAUAACACAUGGACUAAGAUAUUCAUUAGCGACAGGCAAUUGGGGUGAUCAAAAAAAAAUUAUGUCUGCAAGAGUUGGCGUUUCUCAGGUUCUAAAUAGAUAUACAUUUGCGUCAACAUUAUCUCAUCUACGCCGCACAAAUACACCAAUUGGUAGAGAUGGUAAGGUUGCAAAACCUCGUCAGCUUCAUAAUACACAUUGGGGAUUAGUUUGUCCAGCAGAAACACCAGAAGGACAAGCAUGUGGUCUAGUAAAGAAUUUAUCACUUAUGUCAUAUGUAUCAGUAGGCAGUGCUUCAGCUCCUAUUAUUGAAUUUUUAGAAGAAUGGGGAAUGGAAAAUCUUGAAGACUACAAUCCUAGUGCAACUCCGAAUACUACAAAAGUGUUUGUUAAUGGUGUUUGGCUCGGAGUUCAUCGUGAUCCCUACCAUCUAGUUGAAACUAUAAAAAGUCUUAGACGAAAACUCGAUAUUAGCGUAGAAGUGAGUGUAGUAAGGGAUAUACGAGAAAAAGAAUUACGUAUAUUUACAGAUGCUGGAAGAGUAUGUCGACCUCUUUUCAUUGUUGACAAUAAUCCAGAAAGUAAUUGUAGAGGUCAAUUAAUGUUAAAGAAAGAGCAUGUACAAAAAAUUAUAGAUAAUAAGAAUCGAACAGAACUUGACAAUGAAUCGAAAUUUGGAUGGAGUAGUCUUGUUGCUAAUGGUAUUGUAGAAUAUAUUGAUGCAGAAGAAGAAGAAACUAUUAUGAUUGCUAUGACUCCAGAAGAUUUAGAGGCAACACGUCAAAUACAGGCUGGAUACAAAAUUGCAGAUGAAAUUGAUCCCGCACGUCGUGUAAAGCCUUUAGUUAACCCUAAUACAUAUCUAUGGACACAUUGUGAAAUUCAUCCAAGCAUGAUUCUUGGAAUAUGUGCAAGUAUAAUUCCAUUUCCAGAUCAUAAUCAGUCUCCACGUAACACUUAUCAAUCUGCUAUGGGAAAACAGGCUAUAGGUGUUUUUCUUACUAAUUAUCAAGUAAGGAUGGAUACAAUGGCAAAUAUUUUAUACUAUCCACAGAAACCUCUUGCCACAACAAGAUCAAUGGAAUAUCUUCGAUUUAGAGAACUUCCUGCAGGCCAAAAUGCAAUCGUUGCAAUUUUAUGUUAUAGUGGCUAUAAUCAAGAAGACUCAGUCAUUAUGAAUCAAAGUAGCAUUGAUAGAGGAUUAUUUAGAAGUAUAUUUUAUCGGAGUUAUAUGGACCAAGAAAAAAAAAUAGGAAUGCAAAUUAUGGAAGAAUUCGAAAAACCAAUGCGUAAUAACUGCUUAAAAUUAAAACACGGUACAUAUGAUAAAAUUGAAGACGACGGAUUAAUAGCACCUGGAACUAGAGUUUCAGGAGAUGAUAUUAUAAUAGGAAAAACAGCACCUAUUCCUCCAAAUGCUGAGGAAUUAGGUCAAAGGACCAAAUUUCAUACCAAACGUGAUGUUUCUACACCUCUUCGAAGCACAGAAAGCGGAAUUAUUGACCAGGUAAUGGUAUCUACUAAUGCAGAAGGCCUCAAAUUUGUAAAAGUUCGUAUGAGAUCAACAAGAAUUCCUCAAAUAGGAGAUAAAUUUGCAUCAAGACAUGGACAGAAGGGUACAAUAGGUAUUACAUAUCGUCAUGAAGAUAUGCCUUUUACAUCAGAAGGAAUUGUUCCCGAUAUUAUUAUAAAUCCACAUGCUAUUCCUAGUCGAAUGACAGUAGCACAUUUAAUUGAAUGUUUAUUAAGUAAAGUUUCUGCCCUAAGUGGCUACGAAGGAGAUGCAACUCCAUUUACUGAUGUUACAGUCGAGGCUAUUUCUAAAAUGCUACGUCAACAUGGAUAUCAAUCCAGAGGUUUCGAAGUGAUGUAUAAUGGUCAUACUGGUCGAAAACUAGUAGCCCAGGUUUUCUUAGGCCCUACAUAUUACCAAAGAUUAAAACACAUGGUGGAUGAUAAAAUACAUGCCAGGGCUAGAGGUCCAGUACAAAUUUUAACACGUCAACCAGUAGGAGGAAGAUCAAGAGAUGGAGGAUUACGUUUUGGAGAAAUGGAGAGAGAUUGUAUGAUAAGUCAUGGAGCUUCAUCCUUUUUAAAAGAAAGGCUUUUUGACGCGAGCGAUGCAUAUCGACUUCAUAUUUGCGAUAUUUGUGGUCUUACUGCUAUAGCAAAUUUGAAAAAAAAUCAAUUUGAAUGUCGCAUAUGUCAUAAUAAAACCAAUAUAUCACAAAUACAUUUACCAUAUUCAGCAAAACUUCUAUUUCAAGAAUUAAUGUCAAUGAACAUUGCUCCAAGAUUAUAUACUAAUCGAAGCUAAAAUCAUAUAUUUAACAA